AUGGGGCCGCCUAUGGCUCUGGUGCUCAUUUCACUCACAGGACUAACCCUUUGCAUUGGGGACGACGAAGUGUUCGCAACGACACCAGGUAACGGACCGUAUUAUGUAAAACCCCAUCAGGCUGGUCCAACAUUGAAAUGUUCUGUUCGGAGCAAAUUUGCCGACCGAACAAGAUAUCAAGUGCAGUGGCAACGAUACAGCAAAGGGAAUCUCAGGUACAUUUCCGUUGAUGAUCAGCUUCAUGACUCAGUUCACUAUGAACUGGUCGGGGAUGUUUCCAAUGGCGUUUACAAUCUCAAAUUCAAAGAUGUUGUACAAGAUGCCAUGGUGGGCUCGUACUACUGUACUGUUCUUGAUCGACAAGAAACGGGACAGUAUCAGGCUGAUCCUGUCGAGGUUAUAGCGUUAGUUCCUCCAAGUGAUCCAAUUAUCACGGAAUCCCCGUCACAAGCUGUCACAGAUGGCGAUAGUGUAACGUUCAGAUGUACUUCAUCGGGUGGAAGUCCGUCGCCAUCAAUGAGCUGGGUCUUCUUGAAUGGUAGCACAGCUGAUUCGAGACAUGUGACCACGUUACUUCGGGGAACUGAAUCUGAAAGCACUUUACAUUUCCGAGUACGAUCGGAGGACAAUGGCGCAUAUGUAAUUUGUAUUGUCACCAAUAAGGCGAUUGAGCUCGAUCAGUCAAAAGAAGCGCGUACACCACGGCUAAGUGUGCUAUUUAAACCUCGCGUGCGAGUGUCACCCGAUCAAGAUCUCGCAAUUGAGGCUGGACACCAACUCGAUCUUGUUUGUGAAGCUGAUUCGAAUCCAUACCCUCCCAGUUACGAAUGGAGAAAUUUGGCACUGGGAGAGGUCUACGCUGCUUCGAAGUGGACUAUAACCGCAAGUCGUAAUAUGAGCGGUGAAUUUGAAUGUCGUGCUAGCAAUAGUGUUGGAGAGGGAGCCGCAAUUCUCACACUUAAUGUGCAGUACACUCCAGUCGUCACUACCAAGGCAAGAUUCAAUCCUAUCGAAGGGGAGCGAGUCCAAAUCGAGUGCGCUGUAGAUGCGAAUCCACAAGCGGUUGACAUUAAAUGGACAGGUCCUCAAGGAUUCGUGUCCGAAGGUCCGAUGCUGGUGCUAAAAAGUGUGUCUAGGGAGCAGACAGGCAACUAUACGUGUUCGGCGACAAACUACCUAAGCAUUUACGGUGAAACGGGCUCACAAACAAGAACAGGAUCCGCAGUUACUAUUGUUGACGUGCAACGCCCUCCUGGACAUGCCGAAAUCAAUCCGCCCAGAUUGAAUGUUGUUGUUGGUGGAGCAAUCACGCUUACCUGUUCCACACAUGACCCUGGAAGCCCAUCUGGCAGUUUCAAGUGGGCAUCUCCAUCGUCCGGUGGUCUUUUCGGAGCUCGUGAGCACGAUCAUGCUCAACUAACGUUGAGAAACGCUCAGCUUGCUGAUAACGGAAGAUAUCGUUGUCGGGCAGAUAAUUCUCACGGUGAAGGGAGAGAAGCAGUGGUGGAUGUGACUGUAAUGGAACCAGCUUGGAUUUCUCGCCAUCUGACCAAAGAACGCAUACUGAAACUGGAUCAGCCUGCCGGCGGUCUUGAAUGUGAAGCAAAAGGGUUCCCAGCUCCAAAUUUUCAAUGGUCCAAAGACGAGCAGCCGAUUGACACAAAACGAUAUAGGAUAGAAAGCGUCAUUGUAAAGUCAAGUUGCUCGUCUGGAGAUUAUUGUUCUCAAACCGUGACAAGUACGCUGUUAUUUACAAAACCCCUAAAGUGGGCCGAUAAAGGGAACUACUCUUGUCAUGCUUCUAAUGGAGCUGACUGGAAGGAUGUUGACAACGUUUCGUGGACGGUUGUGCGCGUCAAUCAUGGGCCAUUCAUACUGAAUCAGCGAUUCCCCGACGAAGGUCUUGCUGCUGCAGACGUUCGUACCAUGGCUCAGCUACGAUGUAUAGUGUCUGCUCGUCCCGAACCAAAAUCAUUCAGUUGGAUGUUCAACUCGAUUCCUAUAGAGGAAAAUGGAAGAUACUCCUUCCAAUUGGUCCGGCGGCAUAAUCUUGACGAAUACGAACAUAUUCUGCAAAUUUCCGACACUGUGGAAAGUGACUAUGGAAGUUACAUGUGUCGAAUAGCAAAUGGUAUCGGCAAAGCCGAAGUGAUGAUAAAACUAACACCAACAGGAACUCCACAUGUCCCAACUAAUCUCAAAAAAAUAUCAGCAACACCUAAAUCAUUGUACAUAGGAUGGGUGCCUGCGUUUGAUGGAGGAUUUGACCAGUCGUUUGUAGUGGAGUUCAGAAGUUUGAAUCCUUUUAUCGAAAGCUUUGGAAAGGAAGAUGUUUCAACCGUUGAAGUACGAAACACUUCCAGAGUAGAACAAAUUAUGGAUGACGGCACUGCGAUACGGUUCUUAAGUUAUAACCUAACCGACCUUAAUCCACUAUCAUCGUACUACUUUCGACUUCGUUCGAAAAAUAAGAAGGGAUUUUCUGACUUUUCACAGCUGGUUAUUGCAACUACAAAUGAUGUCAGCGAGGAUCCUAAUAUGCUCGCACCGUCAGCACUAAGUUUUGAUCCGAUGCAAAAGUCUAUUGUGGUUGAGCCGCGUGCACCCUCAGACGACUGUACACUUCUGUACGUUUCUUCCGGCGACACCUGGCGGUCCGCUGGCUGUUCCGCCUCGAACCAGGAUAUCACGUUUUUGCCUGGUGGAACUUUAUUCCGAGCUCGUUUCUGCUCUCGUGAGCAUGUUCUUCGAUGCUCAAAAUUGUCGCCGAUUCUUGAAGCAAGUUCAACCGGGAAACCAUGGAGACUGGCAAUGAUAAUUCCGACAGUUGUUUUGGCCUUGCUUGUCACUCUUGUAUGUGUGGUACUGGUCUUCUGUUGUCGCCUUCGAACCCAUACAAAAAAUAUGGAGAAAGGAACUCCUGUAACACCUGCAAUGCCCCAUUCGGAGAUAAAAAACACGGUCGUACACGGUUCGCAAGCCGACAGUGGUGUGUUUACUUUGGAAUCCAGCAAAUUGAAGCCAUCAUUAUCUGCACAUAACUAUUCCAGUUCUAGUGACGAAACAGCUGUAGAAAACUGGACAAACGAGCAAUACGAUCUAAACAGUGACCAGUACAUUAACGAGUCAACAAAUCUCGGAUUAUUCCAAGGUGCGAUGAGCAGUCACGUGGAUGAUAAUAGUGUGUCGGAAGUAGAAGAAGAGAGUGGACGUCGUGUAAUACGAGCAAACAAAAACCUUGAAGGAGUUGAAGAUGAAAAGGGCGAAUGUCCUCCAGUAGAUCGUAUUAACAUCUCAAUGGAUGUACGUUUUCGAUAUAAAGUUCCGGAUGGUUUACGCCCGUUGUUGGAGGCGUUGGCAAGAGAAACACUGCGAUCGCAACCUGAAGACGUAAUCCGAUUCGCUCAACUGUUUUUCGACGAAUUGCAAAAUCAUAGAAAAAACAAUCCUAACACUGACAUCAUCUGCGAUCCCGUUGCAUACGAAAUGUUCCGUACAGAUCUGCAAAGAAAAUACAACAAUGACACGCACGCUCCUCGUUGUGCUAGUCCUUUAGAUGAAGCAGCUACCAAAAUCCAGGCCGCAUUUCGUGGACACGUUGUACGUGCACAUCCAGAGAAGUUUGGCGUCGCCAACGUUAUAUCAAGAACACAAUCGCAUGAGAAGAUGCAAUCAUUAAAUACUAAGAAGGAUCUUAAACGUCACUCUAUUGGCGGUUACUCUCUAGAAAUGGACACUCCUGAAGAUAGAGCUGCGACAAAAAUUCAGGCAGAAAUUCGAGGAUUCUUAGCGAGAAAACAUGUGGAAAAGAUGAAAAAAGAAGAUAAUGAAGCUGCCACAAAGAUUCAAGCCCAUAUUAGAGGGUUCCUGACACGAAAACACUUAGACGAGCAAGGACUCUUAUCUCCGACACGUUCUCGAAGCUCACUUCAUUCCCGCGAUUCCGAUGAAAAUCAUAAUUAA